AGAUCAGUUCUCGUCUGGCGAUUCUUCGAUUAACAACGCAAGCAAAUGUCUUGAACCGCGUAAAGUUCGGGAUUGUUAUCGGAAUUUUUAAGCGAAUCUAUGAAAAGUUGUGCAGAACAAUUUUAAAGUGUACACGUGUGAAGUGCUAGUAGUGAGAUGCUGGUACGAGUUGUGUCGUUUUGUUCAAGCUGUUGAAGCAGUUAGUACCUGCAUUGAACCUAGAUUGUUCCGUUCGAAAAUGACCCUGAUGAUAAGACUGUUGUUUGAAGCUGCUUCCACCACAUCUGCUACGCGAUGACGCAAGUUGUGAAGGUCGUCCUGCUGCUCUUCCUCGCGAUUAGGCUGGGCCUCGCCCGCCGCGAUGGCGAAGAGUUCGAACCGGUCGAAGACAUCUGCGAGCGAUGCGUUUGCGUAGUCCGGAACUCUCCCGGAUUCUCGCUGCUGGAUUGCUCCACCAAGAAUCUGCGCCACAUGCUGGCGGAAUGGCCAGAACAGUUCGGUACCAAUCAAACCGGUCAGGAGAUCGUACUCUCUCUGUCCGGCAACAGCAUCAACUCGCUGCAGCAACUUCCGCCGACGGAGGCCGACCUGGUGUUCAGCUGUCGGCACUGCAACCUGACGGAGCUGGCCAGCGGGGCGUUUCUGGACACUCCGAACGUGAUCCGGUUGGAUUUGAGCUGGAACCGGCUGACGGCGGACGUGCUGCGGCCGGAUGUGUUCCGGGGGAAGUACGACGAUCGGGUGUACGAGUCGUUGGCGCUGGAUGAGCUGGAUCUGAGUUACAACUCGAUUGAAUUUCUCGACGCGACUUUGUUCGAGCAUUUGACGCAUUUGAGGAGAUUGUCGUUGGCGCGGAAUCCGCUGGGGGAGAUUACCGAGGACACGGCCGCGGCGCUUGGCUCGAUCGCGAAACUGGAACAUCUGGAUUUGUCGUACACCGGGUUGAGCGAGCUGCCCGGUGAGCUGUUCCAGAAGAUUGACAAUUUGCGUGAGCUGCUGCUGCAGGGAAAUGACUUUGCCGCCGUUCCGAGCGCUGUGGCGUUGCUGAAGCCUUCCCUCGUGGCGCUGUACAUAGGGGAGAAUCCGAUUCAAAUGUUGGACGAUGAGAGUUUCUUUGACCUCGACCACCUGACCCACCUCAACAUCAGCGGAAUGAACCUGCUGCACGAGGUCGCCGCCGGAUCGUUCUCCGGACUUCACUCGCUGGAGGUGCUCGUCGCCAGCAACAACCCUGCCCUCACCGAGUUCGACAUGAGUGACCUGGGCGGGCUGACCCGUUUGCGCGAGUUGGACAUCUCCCGCUGCGGGCUCCAACACCUCUAUCUCAACGAACCCAUCCCGGACGGGCACGAUGACCCCUCGGACAUUGCCCACUUCGACGUGUUCCCCAAGCUGCGAUCCGUCAAACUGGAAGGCAACCCAUGGCACUGCGACUGCGAACUCUUCGAAGCCCUCGAAUCCAUCAAGCACAUCCUGAACGACGAGUUCCAAGCUCCGCACAGUGCCUCGGAAGCACGCUGCGAGACUCCGUACGACCUGGCAGCACUCCCCCUCACCGACCUAGCCGGGAAAUCCCUCUGCUCGUCCCCACCAAAAAAGGUCCCAAAGAUCCCGAUCUACGAAGCGCCAGCCUUUCUCCGACCACGCUCACUCCUCAUCUCCAUCAUGUCCGUCGGAGUGGUACUCCUCAUCGGCUUCAUCAUCGGAUUCGCCAUCGUCUGCAUCAAGCGAAAGCUCAAACAAAGUGACUUUGGGUUUACCUCGCCCGUCCGGUACACCUCGGUGAGAAACAGUACGACCUCGACGAUUGUGCCACCGGCUUGAGGUAAAUAAGCGUGGUUAAGAUAAAAUGCCGAAUUUGUUUGUUCUAGUCUUCGCGUGUUUUUUUUUAUCGCGAUAAGUUAGGGGUUAUAAUAUUUGAGAUGAGAUAUAAAUAAAAACAUUCCUGUUUGUAAUUAUAAACGUGAA